UAUAUAUAUAUAUAUAUAUAUAUAUAUAUAUACAUAUAUAUACACAUACUCGUGUGUAAUAAGAAGGAAUGAAUACGCGCAACAAAGAGAAUAAGUUAUUUAGUUUAGAUUCCUUAGGUCGUAUUGAACGUAUUGCCGCGCGGAGAAACGAUCAAAUAAAAGUGAAGUGCGCCUGCGAGCGUAGGAAGCCGAGAAGCCGACAAAUAAAUACUUUCCCGCUUCUGGAAAAUAAUUGCGAAAGGGGAUGCACGGUGGUUCGUGUUAAGAAUCUGCAUUUGAAGUAUUUGGACAUUAGUAAUUUUCCUUAAUUUUUUUUUCUUCUUUUGGUACACGUAAUAUAAGUAAUUAAAAUUUCUUCCUCUUUAUACAAUUAUUGGAAAAAUUUUCUGGAAACAAAGGACGUCAUUCUGAGUACGUUCAAAAUGCCUUUAAUGAUUUCUGGAUCUUCAAUCAAUACCAAUUGUUAUUAAUCAACGGUAUUUGUUGUUAAUCAAUCAUGCUAUUGUUAAUAAGAAUUGUCAAUUCUCUUAUUUAUCUAUAUUAUAUUUAAAUAUCAUUUACAUUCGGUUUUAAAUUAUAUUUUUUUAUUUAUAGAUUAUGUUAAUCAAGAAUAAAAAUUUGUUUCUGAUAGUCUGAUGAAGUUUAUUUGCUAGUAGAUUCUUAAUACGCGCUAAUAUUUAUAACUUGUGUCUAGACUUAUAUCGACCAGUUAAUUCGGGAUUAAUUCGUGCCGGAUACCCUGUACCUAUUAUGGGACCAAAAAUUAAACGAAAAACUUUUAUGUCGCGUUCACCGUCGCGCUUACGUCCUACGUGUGGUCGCGUAAAAGGAACCUCCCUCAUUCUGUUCGCGCGAUCGCUCGCGAGUGAAAGCAAAAUGCCAUCCUUCUGUUCCGAAACGUGGAAUAUAUUUGAUGAAAUAGUAUAACUAUGUGAAUGAAAGUAUAUCAAUGGAUAUGUGUGCGCGCGUGUGUAUGCAUAUAUAAUUGAGAAAUAUAUUCCACCUCUUGUAACGGAAUGAGCAUAAUCUCUCACGCCUUACAAAACAUAUUUAGAGUCAUGAAAUCAAACUGUGCGCGAAUAUCAUAAUCGAAAAAAACAACAUUAUAUCUGUAGGACGAAAAUUGGAGUAUUUCCGAACUAGAUAUCGAUAGUAUACGACGUCAAUAAAAAAAAAAAAAAAAACUUUACGUUGACGUUGGUGUACUGUGCAUGUUGGAAGGUACAGAUAAACUUUAAAUGGAGAAUACUAUUUAAUUAAUCAGACAAACGUAAAUGUAUAUUGUGUGAUACAAUAUCGUAAGCAACGGUAGCUAAAAAUGAUAGAACAAACCGACCUACAACAGACCUACAAUGUUUUAUGCAAAAUAAAUACCACAAAUGUCAAAUUUACGAUGCUGAAUAUUGAAGACACAACGUCCUUUUAAAAUGAGAAAUAUAUUAAGUAGAUAAAUUGGUAUUUGCGAUAUAAUCGUCCUGUGAUACAUGAGAUGGACAGCAUUGCAAAAUAUACAGCUUUACUCUCAUUCGAUUGGGACGAUCGCGAGCAGUAUGACAAAAAUAAAAAAAAAAUGGAUGUCUAUGCGACAGUAAAGAAAAAAAAACAAAAUAAUGUGUCUUGUUUUUCCCAGAUAAGUUCUGAAGCCUAUCUGACGUUUCCCUUUCUACUUCCUUUCUCACCGAAAUCCCAUAGUAUCUUAGAAGCCAAUGCUAUUCACGGAUUCACAGAUGAGCAAUUGGUAUCGCACAUUUUGCCCAAUGAAUGUUGUUGGUUUACGCGAAAUGGACAUGUUAUAAAUAGGAUUCCUGACAGUUUUCUGACUUGCCGAGCUUUACUGGAUUAUUCUGCUCAGAGAGAGUGGAUUCGUCAGAAAGUGGCGGUUCCGCAUCCGACAGAAUUCUCAAUAUUGCUGGACAAUCGAAAUAUGGGCGAACGAAUCUUUAACAAUCCUGUACGACAAAAUCAUGCCGUCGGCACAAAUGAAAUUAAUGAUCAUGAUAUUCUGCGAGAAUGUAAGAUUGCCAAUCUAAAAGUAGAGAAGGAUUCCCUCGUUGGCUCAAAUAGAUAUGAAUUUAAUGAGAAAAAAAAUUAA